AUGCUUUUGAAAGCAUUAGUGGUAAUCAGUGGAGUUUUAGUGAUCGGUAUUGAAUGUCGUGAUUUUUACAGCGACCUCAACCUAUUCCACGAACUCCAACGCCCCUACCGGACCUCCUGGGAGUGGUCCAGUCCCGGCCUCCAGUCCAGGAGCUCCGACGACGAAGACCGAGACAGGGAGCCCCUAGGCCCCGACUACAAGGACCCUAUCGCUUCCAGCUCCGAGCAGAAGCCCUUGCUUCAGCCGAAUCCAAAACCUGCGGGAGGCUCCCAGCCCCCCAAGGCCCCCUCCGAGGUUCUCCCGGGAGGAGUGAUCGAAGUGGAGGCCGGUGAUGGGGUGGGGGUGGAGGACCCUUUCGGGAUUUUCAGGCCUUCGUUCGAUUUCAAGCCGCUAGGGUUCGGGGACUUGUUUCCGGGGCUGAACAGCAACCAGUGGUGGAAGGGUAAGAACGUCUGCAUCGACAGAGAAGAAAGCACUGAUGACGAUGAAGAUGGAGAUGACGACGAUGGCGAAUCAGAGGAAGGAAAGAAAAAUACAACUUCCAAGGCCCCAAAGUCGCUGCCAGAUUUGUUUUCGACAUCUAUAAGCCUCUCCAACUGCUUUGAAACUGCCAAUAAAUACGAAUGCAUCACCAAGGUUAACAAUCACGGCGUCUUCAAGACCUUCACCGUCCGAUAUAAGUGCUGCUACGGCUAUUCCAGAUCCCCUGGGAGCGGCUGCACCAAAAAGGCAGACCUCAAGCCUAUUCUCGACACCUUGGAGGACCUGAAAACCGACGAAUUCCGCAAACUGAUCAAGAGUUCCGGCCUGCAAAACAAAUUCGCCGAUGGGAAUUUCUCGCUUUUCGUCCCGUCUGACGAUGGUUUGAAUGAAUACAACGAAGAGAUUGCAGAAAGUAAUAAUGUAGAUGCGCUCCGCCGAAGACGUGCUUCAACGCAGACUCUUCCAUCUAGAGAUCUGGUGUUAAGCCACACCGUCGAAGGAUUCAUUGACCUGACUGACUUUGCAAACGACGAAGUCAUUAACAGCGAAUACCGUAACAGCACCAUCAGAAUCAACAUCUACCCAACAAAUGGAAACGAGAAGCUGGUGACAGUAAACUGUGCUAGAGUGAAAAACCCCAAUAUUUUGGCUCAAAAUGGAAUUGUCCAUGUGACAGACCGUGUUGUUCUUCCAGCAACCGAAGAUGUCGAAACUAUCAUAAGAACUCAUCCUAGACUAUCCAAUCUCAGAAAAGCCUUGGAAUUCACCGACAUCCCAAGCCACUUAAAACCUGAAGGCCACUAUACUGUUUUCGCACCAACUGAUGAAGCCUUCAACAAACUGGACCAAGUCCAGAAACGAAAACUUCUUGACGGAGCCGGUUGUGCCUCAAGCAUUCUGAAAUACCACUUCACUGCGCAUACAGUCUGCACAUCAGCCAUCAUAGGCAACGCUACCACGCAUAAUGUCGAGGGAGAUAAUCUGAGCUUGGAGAGAACAGUGGACGAUGAAAUAAUCCUAGAGGGCAAAGCUAGAAUUACCGAGGGAGACAUAGUCGCCACGAAUGGUGUUAUACAUUUGAUCGACAACAUCAUAAUACCUGAUUCAGGACUGUAUAUUGGGAGCGUUCUUCAGAAACAGAAUUUCACGAGCUUCCAAGACUUGAUCAAAAAGGCAGGGCUAGAAGAAGAGAUAAACAGUCUACAGAACGCUACGGUCUUUGUACCAACCAACAAAGCCUUCGAAGAUACUGAGACUCAAAACUUCCUGAAAGGAAUCGAGAAUGACCAAGAGAAGCUUAAAGAAAUCGUGAGGUACCAUACUGUCAAAGGUCAGUUGCAAUCUGGCGAUAUGAAUAAUAAUGAACUUUUGGAGACUUACGAUGAUGGAGAGGAGCUAAGAAUCAAUCUUUACUCAACGUUGCCUCUCUUCACCAACGUUAUUAAUCGUGCUACGGUGAAUUGUGCACGUCUCAUUGGAUUCGAUGAAAAAGCUUGUGGUUCAUCCCUCCACGAAGUCAACAAACUCUUGGUGCCCCCUACUAGAUCCAUUUUGGACAUUAUCCACAGCGACGGCAAAUACUCAACGCUAAGCACCCUUUUGCAAGGAUCUGAGGUAGAGGAAGUGCUGAGAGGAAACAAUGGAUCUAUCACCUUUUUGGCACCUACUGAUGAGACUUUUGCUGCUUUGGAUGAGAACGAUCUGAAGGUUCUGAAGGAAAACAAGGAUAAGGCUAACUUUGUGCUCAAAAACCACGUUCUGACAGAGGUUCUUUGCUGUUCCGGAGUGGGCCCCCAAUCGUGGGGCUUCAACAGCUACGUUUCGACCCUGGCAAACACCCAAGUGGAGGUGGGCCGAACCGGUAGCCGAGUACGCAUCAACAGGGCUGUGGUGACGAGCUGCGACAAUCUCGCCACCAAUGGCAUACUCCACACGAUCAACAAGGUCCUGUUGCCACGGCAACCCCAGACAGCGUCCCUUGGUGGGUUGCUCUUCUUCGAUAUCUAG